AUGGUUUGCGCGCUCUCCAAGCACAAGAGGGCUCGUCCUGCUCCACCGACGCCCGGCCCCAGCAUGCCUUGCACACCACCGUCCACGCAGCACAAGAGGGCUCGUCGUCCUGCUCAGCCGCCGACGACUACCCCUACGGCGGCGGCGGCGCCCGAGCCCGACUGGUCGUCGCUCACCCCGGACCUCGUCCGCCGCGUCGGCGACCAUGUCCUGGCUGCCGACGACAUCGACUACUACAUGGCCUUCCGUGCCGUCUGCCACAACUGGCGCCGCACCCUCAAGGACAACAACGCGGCAAACUGCACCGACGAUCCCACUUUCUUCCAGCCGAGCAAGUGGGCGGUGCUGGACCGGCACGACAGUGACGUCCUCGCGCUCGUCAACCUGGAGACCGGCCGCUUCCUCCGCAAGAGGAUCCCGCUGCUCCGCGAAUACUUCUUCGUCGGCGCCGCCAGUGGCGGCCUCGUCCUCCUCGCGGAGCCAACGUACCCCUACCGCGCCGUCGUGCUCAACCCCUUCACGGGUGUGCUGGCCCGCUUCAAGGCGCGCGUUCCCACAGGUGAUGCAAGGGAGGUCGCCGUGAUCGCAGCGCCUCCGCCGACAACGAUGACAGUGUUUGUCUGCAUGCUAGAUGAUGGCGCCGUCUUGUGGGCAGACCAGGACAGCAAGUACUUCCGAAAGUGCGCAGCGCCGGCGCCUUACCCCGACGACGGUCUCCUGUGCAUGGUUCCCUUCGCCGGCGACGUGUACCUCACCAACCGGCAAGGAGCCGUACUCUCUACAACUGCUGCGGCCGUCGUCGACGAUGGCGCCUCCCAAGGUCCACGUUGCAGCCGCUCAGCUCAGAGCAUCUCCAUGGCCACUGCCAUUCCGGAGGCAGUGGAGGGUGGCCAUUGCCAUUAUUACCUCGUGGAGUCUGGGGGAGAGCUGCUGCUUGUGAUCAGACGUGCUUGGUAUGGCUUGCCCGGCGAUCAGUUGACCGUCGAUCAUGUGGCCGUCCACAGGGUGGACACCGUGAGGAACGUGCUUGAGCCGGUGAGCACCAUCGGCAGCCGCGCCCUCUUCCUCAGCCGUGUCAGGUGUGUCUCCAUCGACGCCGAGAAGUUCCCGGCCGUCCAAGGUGGCUGCAUCUACUUUGUGGAUCAGUUCGUCACCGGAAGCUGCUACUUCGACGUUCAGUUCUCGUUCAUGACCGUUGUUCGCUUCCCUGGUGCCGACGGAGUGCAGCAGCCUAUGGUGGAUGUAAGCCCCAUACCAGCAUAUUGUUUCCAGCCGUUCACCCUCACCCAUGUUUUUGCAAAAUACUGCAAGUUUGUCCAGUGUUCUGAACUGCGCCGCGAAGUUAUGAUCGAUGACGAGGAAGAUUGCUCGGAUGACGACGAGGAGGAUUCUGAUGAAGAAGAUUAUUUCUCAGAUGAUGACGACGGUUCUGAUGGAGGGUCCUCUGAAUCUGAUCAAUGA